AUGUCUGCCGAACAGAACCACCAUCUCGAGAAGGACGUUGGUCCCGCAGCUCCUGCUCCCCAGGCUGCCCCUGCUGCGCCCAAUAAUCUGUCCCCCGAAGAGCAUCACUCACGCUUUGGCUAUGGGCCUCUGUCGCAUGUCAACACCAAGGAGGCAGUCUUGCGCCCCUUCGGUGGUGAAUUCCAGCCCGGUCUGUACAAGUCCGUCGAGGCGCGCAAGUUCGCCAACCCUGCUCCUCUUGGUCUGAGUGCUUUCGCCCUCACCACAUUCGUGCUCAGUUGCAUCAACAUGGGUGCACGCGAUAUCACCGCGCCCAACAUUGUCAUCGCCCUUGCUUUUGGUUAUGGUGGUCUGGUUCAAUUGCUCGCCGGCAUGUGGGAAAUGGCCGUCGGAAACACUUUUGGUGCCACUGCUCUCUCGUCUUAUGGUGGAUUCUGGAUCGCUUUCGCUAUUGUCCUCACUCCUGGUGGUUUCAGCAUCGAGGCCAACCUCAUCGAAACGGGCGGCACCGCCAUGUUCUAUAACUCCUUCGGAUUGUUCCUCAUGGGCUGGUUCAUCUUCACCACCAUCCUGCUGUUCUGCACCCUGAGGUCCACCGUGGCGUUCUUCCUGCUCUUCCUCUUCCUCGACCUUGCUUUCCUGUUGCUCGGUGUCGGUUACAUCCAGCGCGAUUCCCACGGCGCUCCCAACCCUCCCGUGAUCAAGGCCGGUGGUUUCUUCGGUCUCUUGGCCGCUUUCGCUGCCUGGUACAACGCCCUCGCCGGUAUUGCCGACAGCAGCAACAGCUUCUUCGUCAUCCCGGUCGCCCACUUCCCUUGGUCGCCCACCGGCCGUGCCCGUCGCGGCAAGACCGAGCGCGAGACUGUCUAA